CCCGGCUGCCGUUCGAGUGCCUGCAUCCUCCCUCCCAUUUCCCGGCAAUUUGCCUCUGUUAUUAUCCCUUGACUCUCUGCUUGCGUUCCAAAUUGCUUUUGAGGGUUUGGGAGAAUGUACAUCAAGGGAGGGGAGUUCGUAGGGUCGAUUGAAGGAGCAAAGCUUCCUGUCGAUGCGAACCUAGUUCUCACCUCCGAUCCGAAGCCCCGUCUCCGGUGGACGGUGGAGCUCCAUGAUCGCUUCACCGAUGCCGUUGCUCAGCUCGGAGGGCCUGAGAAAGCAACACCGAAGACCAUAAUGAGGUUGAUGAACAUAAAAGGCCUCACACUUUAUCAUUUAAAGAGCCAUCUUCAGAAAUACAGAAUGGGGAAGCAAUCAUUAAAAGAACUUGAAAACACUAAUGAUGCCUCUGGUGUUUUGGAAAGCCGUGGGAGCAAGACCUCUACAGCAUCUACCCAAGUAACUCAAGAAUUUAAUGAUGGGUGUAAUGAGGCCAUGAGAGUCCAAAUGGAACUUCAAAGAAGGCUUCAUGAACAAUUGGAGGUCCAGAAAAGUCUUCAACUAAGGAUAGAAGCUCAGGAGAAAUACCUCCAAUCCUUUCUGGACAGAGCCUGCAAUGCUCUCGUCGAUCCGAAUCUAACCGAAAUCGGCUUCGAUGCAAUCAAACAACAAUUCACAGAACUUUCAAACAGAAAUAUCAAUGGUGGCAUCAAAUAUGAGCCCGUUAAGCUUCCAUCCCUGUCUGAAAAUGCCAGAGUUUUCGCAGAAGAUAAGCCAUGGGCAGGACUUGAACAGAUAACGGAACACUCAGUUGAUAGCUGUCUUACUUCUGCCGGCAGUCCAUCUGCUUUUUGCUCGAAGCUAUCUUUGAAGAAAAGACUUCACCCUAUGCUUUGUAAUGGCAAUUUGGAAGUUGGUGUCGCUGUUCAUGAAGAUGACCUUUGGAUGUGUUCUAUUUAAAGAGGUAGAUGUAAUUUUUCCUAAAGUUUGUGUUUGUAUUUUAUUUUAGCUUUUUUGUUUUUUUGCCAUUUUUAGAGUAGCUUGGCAGGUUCCUGGCUUCCAUGACUGCCUUUAGUGACAUCAAGACAUGUUAGCUUUAUUAUUCCAGAUUUUUUAGCAUAAUGUAGUUAGACCCUGGAGAGCUAGUAUACAAUCUUGUGAACAUUUUUAUUUUUGAAGAUUUACAUAUAUAUCACUCAA